UACUUGAAGAAGAUGAAAUAAAAAAUUGCAAGUGAUUGACACAGAAAAUAUAAUUUAUUUGAAAUUUUUCGUCACCUUUGUAAUUUUCCCAUGGCUUGUCCACUGAUAAAUCUUCUCUUCUUCGUCCUUUUCAUGUUUCUACCAUUUUCCACCCUAGCUCAAACCGCCAAAAACAUUUCUUUAGGCUCAUCUCUCACUGCACUAAAUGAAAACUCAUCAUCAUGGACAUCGCCAUCUGGUGACUUUGCUAUCGGUUUUCAAAGAAUCGGAAAAGAAGGGUUCUUACUAGCCAUUUGGUUCGAUAAGAUAAAAGAUAAAACUAUAGUCUGGUCAGCCAAUGGGGAAAAUCUAGUUCCAGAGGGAUCCAAAGUUGAGCUUUCGAACGGUGGCGAGUUUAUGCUCAAUGAUGCAACCGGCAAGCGCAUAUGGUCUGCUCAAUCUGUUGGUCCCGGAGUUGCCUAUGCAUCUAUGCUAGACACUGGAAAUUUUGUGCUGGCGGAUCGAAGUUCAUCCAAUGUGUGGGAGAGUUUUGAUGAACCAACGGAUACAAUACUACCUACACAGAUUCUAAAUCAGAAUGACGUACUCUUUGCACGCUACACGGCAACAAAUUACUCACGGGGAAGAUUCAUGUUUGUUCUACAAUCUGACGGAAAUCUCUUGCUUUACACAACGCGAUUCCCACUGCCGACAAACAAUUUUGCUUACUAUGCAACCAUGACUAUGUAUACCGGCUUUCAGGUCAUCUUCAAUCAGUCCGGCUAUCUUUACCUUAUUGCAAAGAACGGAAGCAUACUGAAUAUGGUAUCAUCCAACACAGUUUCCAUGCAAAAUUUCUACCAUAAAGUAACUCUGGAGCAUGACGGAGUUUUGAGGCACUCUGUUCAUCCUAAAACCGCUGCCGCUGCCUCAAGUGCCGGAAGCCCCAUGGCUUGGUCCCCUUUGACCUCCAAACCUUCGAAUAUUUGCUUAACAAUUGAAGGAGACGUAGGCAGUGGUGCAUGUGGAUACAACAGCCUCUGCAGCUAUAAUGAUGAAGGACCAACUUGCCAAUGUCCUUAUGGCUACACAUUAAUUGAUCCCAAUGAUGUCUUGAAAGGAUGCAAGCAAAACUUUGUUUCACAAAGUUGUGAUGAGGCCUCGCCUGAGACAGAGAGUUUUGAAUUUCGUGAGAUGCAAAACACAGAGUGGUCUGGCGGUGGUUAUGAGCAAUUUACAUCGGUAGAUGAGGAUUGGUGCAUACAGAAUUGCUUCAAUGAUUGUUUUUGUGCCGUCGCCAUUUUCAAGAAUGGAGAGUGUGAAAAGAAGAGAAUUCCUCUUUCGAACGGAAGGAUGGACCCGAAUGUUGGUGGAAAAGCUCUCAUCAAAGUAAGGAAAGACAACUACACUUUGAUACCUGAAGUUCCAAAUACAAAAAAGAAAGAUCGCUCAACUUUGAUCCUCAUCGGAUCAGUGCUCCUGAGUAGCUCGGGGUUUCUGAACUUGAUUUUUCUAUUAACAACCUAUUUGGUUGUUUCUCGUAUUUCUUAUAGAAAAACGAAGUUGAUUCAACCUUAUCGAGUCAUCUCUGACAUGAAUUUGAGGCAUUUCACUUAUGAGGAGCUAAAAAAGGCUACGAACGAAUUCGAGGAAGAACUAGGACGCGGUACUUCUGCAAUAGUUUUCAAAGGAGUUUUAGCCCCUGAUAAUGGGAAGAGCGUUGCUGUCAAAAGCUUAGUCGCUAAGGUCGGAGAAAAUGAUUUGGAAUUCAAAGCGGAAGUGAGUGCUAUUGGCAGAACAAACCACAGAAAUUUAGUCCAGCUGCUUGGAUUUUGUUACGAGGGAGAGCACCAAAUGCUUGUGUAUGAGUUCAUGAGCAAUGGAUCUUUAGCGAGCUUCCUUUUUGGAGAGUUGAGGCCAAGCUGGUGCCAGAGAAGGCAAAUUGCACUGGGAAUUGCAAGAGGGUUGUUGUAUUUGCAUGAGGAGUGCAGCAGAAAAAUCGUACAUUGUGACAUCAAGCCUCAAAACAUUCUUCUCGAUGACUCUUUCACGGCGAGAAUUUCUGACUUCGGACUAGCCAAGCUUUUGAAAAUCGACCAGACUCUAACCACAACCGGAAUCAGGGGAACGAAAGGUUAUGUGGCCCCUGAAUGGUUGAAUAGGUUGCCUAUCACGGCCAAGGUUGAUAUUUACAGCUACGGAAUUUUGUUGUUAGAGAUUAUUUUCUGCAGGAAGCAUUUCGAGGUAGCGGCAGAGGAUGAAGAUAAAGUGAUACUAGCUGAUUGGGCAUACGAUUGCUAUAAGCAGAAUAAUCUGCACCAGCUAUUCAAGAAUGACGAUGAGGCAAUGCAUGACAUCAAGAAGAUGGAGAAGUAUGUGAUGAUUGCAAUAUGGUGCAUUCAGGAGGAUCCGUCGCUCAGACCUACCAUGAAGAAAGUCGCAUUGAUGCUUGAAGGAACUGUCGAAGUCUCAGCUCCACCCGAUCCAUGUUCUUUCAUAAGUUCAAUACUUUAACUGCUUCCAAUUAUAAUCCAGUUCUUUUGUAUAUCAAAAGUUUGUGUAUUAUUUAUUUUCAAAUACUCUUUAGUUCUUAAUGUACCAUGUAGUAUCGAAUGUACAAUAAUUCUCUUAUAAUGUCCGAAUAAAUAGAGGAAUUAUCAAUGG